GAAGCCGCCUCCACCAUCAGCAGAUGGAGAAAGCAGUCCAGAUAGCGAACCAAUAGGAUCUAAUGCUAGCCAAAUUGGUCCAGACCGAGAAGCGUCUGGAGCUGGUCCUUCCUCAGGAGUCAGACCUCGAUCAUCACCACCGGCCCUACCACGGUGGGCUCCCGGUGGGGGCGGACGAAGCGGAUCACAAACCUCGCCACCCCAACCUGGUGGAACUAGUGCCACUAUUACUACAGGGGAUGGACUGGAUUCAGUGGGAGGCCCCGUUGGCUGCUGUUCCGGUUCAGGCCAUAAUAAAAGGCGGCGUCAACAGACUAAUACUUGGAGCAAUCCAAGUCCAUUCGGAAGUGGCUGUGGAGGUGGCAGUCCCCAUCUGGAUGAAGGCGAGGGAGGGUACAAUAGCGAGGACGAAUAUGACGCAGCAGCCUCAUGUAUUGAGGCCAUGGACCCCGCUACUGUGGAACAGCAGGAACACAGGUUUGAGAAGGCCCUGAGAGAUAAGAAAGGCUUCACUAUCAAGCAGAUGAAGGAGGAUGGAGCUUGCUUAUUCCGAGCCGUUGCAGACCAAGUAUAUGGUGAUCAGGAUAUGCAUGAAGUUGUCCGGAAACACUGCAUGGAUUAUUUGAUGAAGAAUGCAGACUAUUUCUCUAACUACAUCACUGAAGAUUUUACCACCUAUAUUAAUCGGAAACGAAAGAAUAAUUGUCACGGCGACCACAUUGAGAUGCAGGCUAUGGCUGAGAUGUAUAACAGGCCUAUGGAAGUAUAUCAGUAUAGCACAGAGCCCAUCAAUACAUUCCAUAGCAUCCAGCAAAAUGAGGAUAAGCCUAUCCGGGUCAGCUAUCAUUGCAGUAUCCACUAUAAUUCUGUGGUGAAUCCUAACAAGGCUACCAUUGGUGUGGGCCUCGGGCUUCCCUCAUUCAAACCAGGGUUUGCUGAGCAGUCUCUGUUGAAGAAUGCUAUAAAAACAUCAGAGGAGUCAUGGAUUGAGCAGCAGAUGCUGGAGGAUAAGAAACGAGCUACCGACUGGGAAGCCACCAGUGAGGCUAUUGAAGAACAAGUAGCUUGGGAAUCUUACUUGCAGUGGCUUCGGGACCAAGAGAAGCAUACUCGGCAGGUCAAGGGUGAAACACAGGUAUUCCCUGGAAAAGCUAGUGCCACAUGUACCUCAGCUACAGCAGCUACAUCAAGCAACCUGGAUGAGUGGAGUGGCCAGUCUCCAAGACAGCAAAACCCUGAGCAGCCAGAGCUGAUCCAUAAGCCUCCCUCACCCAGCCAUGCCCUUACCUUCACCAAACCUCCUUCACCUAGUACUCCAGUACCAAGUAGUCAGUCAGCAGGGGAUGACUUUGCUACCUCUCCCCUUGUAUCCCUCUACCCUGCUUUGGAGUGUCGGGCCCUUAUUCAGCAGAUGUCACCCACUGCAUUUGGUCUGAAUGACUGGGAUGACGACGGGAUCUUGGCUUCAGUCCUUGCUGUCUCCCAACAGGAAUACCUAGACAGUAUGAAGAAAAGCAUAGUGCACAGAGACCCAUCCUCAGACAAGAGCUGA